CAAUAUUGCGGGACGAAGGAGUGCGGCGAGGCUGAAGGGAAGGCGUCGUGACCUGGCUAGCAGGCAGGCAGCAACGGCGGUGCUGUUGCGCUAAGCCACGCCGAGCGCGGAGGCUCUCUUGGCCCCCGCCCUAGUCCCGCCCUAGUCCCCGUGGUCCCGCCAUAGUCCCGCCAUCCAUUGCUGCUUUCGUAUAUAAAUUCUGUCGUGAUACCUCACCACACAGCUCACUACCUCGCCCCCUCUCUCUCAUCCCCACGACAAAAGCUCCAACGCAAAAAACAAAAACAAAAUCCAAAACCAUGCGCUCCACCAUCGCCACCUCGCUCGCCUUCCUGGGCGCCGCCUCCGCCCAAUCAGCCACCACCACCUCGACCGUCCUCUCCUUCGCCUUCCCCUUUGGCGCCUCCCCCGCCGUCGUCCCCACAGCCGGCGUGACGGGCUCAGUAGUGGGCGUCGAGUCCGCGCGCACGACUCUCGCCUUCACGUGCGCGGAAGCAGCCAAGGAACUCACCGACUACAGCAGCGUCGGCGUCCUCUGCCCCAUCGGCUCCAACACCCCCAUGACCGUCACUUACGGCCCCAGCUACUUCGCCCAGUCGGCCCACACAACCGUCGAGACGGCCACGCUGACCGCCCCGGUCGACCUCAACAUUGAGUGCGACGUGCCUGUCGCCGCGACGCCCGCGUCCAACUCUGCCAAACCCACUGCGACCAAGGACGCGGUCUGCACGUACGACUUUGGCGACAACGAGUUAGCCGAGGCCAUGGGCGCGCUGUUCCAGUGCAGCCAGGAGAACGUGGCCGGCCCCGUCGCCGAGAUUGCGCAGUCCAAGCUGAACACGGCCAGCGUCACCGAGUGCAUCGGCUCCGCAAUGCAGCACCCGGCCACCACGGCCGCCGUCACGUACAAGGCGACCGACGUCGUCUACUGGACCGUGACCGUCACCGACGUCGCCAAGGGCGUCACGCUCGAGGGCGCCUCGUCCAAGGCGACGGGCUCCGCCGCUUCGGCGUCUGCGUCUGCUUCCGCCAAGGACAACGCUGCUGCCGGCUCCUUUGGCGCGCGCCUGUCCGCUGCUGGCGUUGUCGGCCUUGCUGCUGGCGUGCUGGCUUUGUAGGUUUUCUCUCUACAGUCUGUGCUUGAGCGGCGAGUGUAACGAUUUGCGCAUGUAUUACGAGCUUGGGUUGUUUGUAACGAUUAGAG